UCAUUCAUACACAGGCAUCAACCACCCCUCUCUCUCUCCCUCUCUCUCUCUCUCUCUCACACACACACACACACACACACACACACACAACAGACAACAUACAGCACGCACAUAAACGCACUUGCACACCGAGCCACACCCAGAGAACGUGAGAAAAGGGAAGAAGAAGAAGAAGAAGAAGAAGAAGAAGAAGAAUGGAGUUUGACUUGCCGACAAUUCAAGCGUUAGAGAAACUGUUCAGCACAGAACCAUCUGAGCAGGAUGAGGAGGAGGAGAGCGAAUUUGCCGGCUUUCUGGGAGAAAAGGAGGAGGAGAGGAAGAAGAAGGCGGAGGAGAGGGCGAGGUUGAGGGAAGAGAGGAGGAAGAAGAGGGAGAAGGAGAGAGCGGAGGUUGCCAAGACUGUGGAAGGUCGCGAUCCCGACGACGAGGGGUUGAAGGAGCCGGAGUACGAGUUUGUGUACAAGCAAGCUGUGACCGCAUACGAUGCAUAUUUCGGACUUAGCGAAAAGAACCCGUCAUCGCUUUGCUGCGAAGACUUGGUGCUCAAGGUGAAGCUUCCCGGAACCUCCAGUUUAUCGGAGCUGAAGCUGGAUGUCGAACCCACCUAUGUGAAGCUGAAAUCACCCAUUUACAGACUGGCAAUCUAUUUACCCUACAAAGUCGAAAGCGAGAAAGGAUCAGCCAAGUGGGACGCACUCACUUCCACGCUAUACAUCACCAUGCCGUACAGAAGACCCGAGCCCGGGGAAGAAGAGGAUGGCGAUGGAAGCUGAUGAGACUGGAUGGCUAUGGUGGAUGGUGAUGAUGGCAGUUAUGAUGAUGAUGAUGAUGAUGGCAGUUAUGUGAUGACGUGGCAGUGGCAAACGGUGGUAGCGUCGAUGAUGAGGAUGAUAGCGAUAAUGGCAGUCAUGUGAUGACGUGGCGCUCGCUGAUGGGGAAGCGUUGAUGAUGAUGAUGAUGAUAUGGUUGGUCAUGGCAGUUGUGUGAUGACGUGGCAGUCGCUCAUGGUGGUUGCAUCGAUGAUGAUGGCGAUGGUGUCAGUUAUGUGAUGACGUGGCGCUCGCUGAUGGGUCUCUCUCUGAUGAUGAUGAUAACGGUAUGGUGGUAAUUUCUAUGGUGGUGAUGAUGAUCUGCUGGGACAGCAGUUAUGUGAUGACGUGGCACCUUGCUGAUGAUGAUGAUGAUGAUGAUGAGAGAGAGAGAGAGAGAGAGAGAGAGAGAGAGAGAGAGAGAGAGAGAGAGAGAGAGAGAGAGAGAGAGAGAGCUCAGUUGUGUGGCACUCGCUCAUGACGGUAGCAUGGGUGAUGGUGGCGGAGGUGGCAGUUACGUGAUGACGUGGCGCUCGCUGAUGGGUGUAUCUCUGAUCAUGAUGAUGAUGGUAUGGUGGUGAUGAUGAUCUGGUGGGAGAGCAGUUAUGUGAUGACGUGGUAGCUUGAUCUUGAUGAAUAUGAUGAUGAUAAGAUGAUGCUGAUGCUGAUGAUGAUCAUCGAUGGUGAUGGAGUUCUCUCAUUAUGCACGGGUUUUCUAACCAUUUUUCCGACAUGGCACUCGAUGAUGGCAUUUUUGGGUUUUUCGGUUUUCGAACCACGUUCCUGACAUGCCACUCGAGCAUGACAUGGUGAUUCUUUUUUUUUUUUUUUUUUUUUUUUUUUUUUUUUUUAUUUUUUUAAGUGAAAGGCUGAAGACAUUUCCAGACCGAAUAUCCGUGUUUUAAGGAAACAAAACGGCAUCUGAAGU